CCUCACUCGGCAGACAAACACAACAGUAAAAUAACUCCCCCUCCGUCCUAAUCCCAUUCCAUCCAUUAGAAUUUACAACCCAAAAACAAACGGGGCCUAAAAGAAGAACAUUGCGUCUGCUCUGCGUUUCUCUUCAGAAACCAGAAAGAUGAGAACUUGGUUCGUUCCUUCAUCUAUUGCUCCAUGGUUGAUUCGUACUCGCACAACCCAUAUAUCUUUCUUCUCAUCUUCGAUCUCACACUCUCAACCCCCUACCUCGAUUUCAAAUCCAACCUCCAAACCCAUCUCAGAUUCUCAAAUCUACUCAUUGUCAUUUUUAUUUCUCGACAAUCCCAACACAAACACUUCUUUUCCCAAGAAAUCCCGUUCAGAAACUGGAUUUUCUGCUUCCACGGAACCACCCAGGUGCGAAUUCACCGAAUCCAUUUCACAAAAGAAGAGUCUUGAGCAAACCCAUGUGAUAAAAGUUCUGUUAAGCCAAAGGAACGACCCGGAUUCAGCUUUUAAUUACUUCAAAUGGGCUGAGAAACAGCGCGGUUUUGCCCGUGGCAUUGUUGGCGCCUUUUGUGUUUUGCUCUGCAUUUUGGUGGGUUCACCCAACCAUCAUCAAAUCGCUCGUAAUAUGCUUAAUCGAUACGUUUUGGGGGAUUCAAGUCCCUCUUCUUGCAUUCUUGUUGAUCACUUGGUUGACUGCUCGAAAAGGUUUGAAUUUGAUUCAGAUUCACGGAUUUUUAAUUAUUUGUUGAAUAGUUAUGUUAGAGCUGGUAGAUUCAACGAUUCAUUUGAUUGUUUUGAUAGAAUGAUUGAAAGCAAUAUAGAGCCAUGGGUUAUGUGUAUAAAUGUUUUUUUGACUGCACUGGUUAGGAAAAACAUGAUUGCAGAAGCGCGAGGUUUGUACAAUAAUGUAGUCUCGAGAGGAGUAAAUUAUGAUUGUUGUACUGUAGAGACAAUGAUGCGUGCGUGUUUGAAUGAUGGAAAGGCUGAUGAGGCUGAACGGUACUUUUGGGAAGCUAAGGCUAGCUUCAUUAAGCUUGAUGCAGCGAAUUACAGUACUGCUAUUCAGGCUGUUUGCAGAAAACCCAAUUCAAAUGUGGCAUGUGAGUUGUUAAAUGAGAUGACGAAAAUGGGGUGGGUUCCUUCAGUGGGCACAUUUGCAUGUAUAAUUGGAGCCUGUGUGAAGCAAGGGAACAUGGUAGAUGCUUUAAAGGUAAAGGACGAAAUGGUUAGUAGUGGAAAGCCAAUGAAUUUGAUUGUUGCUACAAGCCUGAUGAAGGGAUAUUAUAUGGCGGGUGAUUUGGAUAGUGCUUUGAAUUUGUUCGAUAAGAUUGUUCGUGAUGGACUUGAGCCAAACAUGGUCACUUACUCGGUUCUGAUUGAAGGAUGCUUUAGAGGUGGAAAAAUGGAAAGGGCAUCUGAGUUAUGCACUCAAAUGAAACUUGCAGGUAUCCAGCCAAGUGUCUAUAUUGUGAAUUCAUUGAUACGGGGAUUUUUGGGAGUGCAUCUGUGGGAAGAGGCAUUCAAGCAUUUUGAUGAGGCGGUUGAGUGUGGUAUUGCCAAUGUAUUUACAUACAAUAACAUGAUAUGCUGGCUUUGCAAAGAGGGUAAGGUGGAUGAAGCCUGCAGUGUAUGGAAAAAGAUGGUGAAUGAGGGAGUGGAACCAAGUGUAGUUUCAUACAACAACCUGAUACUUGGUCACUGCAGAAAAGGGAAUAUGGACAUGGCAUCACGCCUAUUUUCAGAGAUGCUGGGAACAGGUUUGAAAGCUAAUGUACUAACAUAUAGUAUUUUGAUUGAUGGAUAUUUUAGAAAAGGUGAGACUGAACAAGCCCUUGGCAUGUUUGAUCAGAUGGUGGACUUGGGAAUUUCCCCUACUGACUUUACAUUUAAUUCAUUUAUCAAUGGUUUGUGCAAAGUUGGCCGCACAUCUGAUGCAAUGGAUAUGCUGAAUAAAUUUGUAGAGAAGGGUUUUAUCCCAAAUUGUAUGUCUUACAACAGCAUUAUAGAUGGUUUUAUCAAGGAGGGUGACAUCACCUCUGCAUUGGCUGUUUAUAGAGAGAUGUGUGAAUGUGGGGUUACCCCCAAUGUUGUCACUUACACCAGUUUGAUUCAUGGGUUUUGCAAAAGCAAUAAUAUUGAUCUCGCUUUGAAAAUGCGGGAUGAGAUGACAAUGAAGGGUCUUCAAUUGGAUGUCACUGCAUACGGUGUCCUCAUUGAUGGAUUUUGCAAAAGAAGAGACAUGGAAAACGCAUGUGAACUCUUCAACGAACUCCUUGAAGUUGGUUUGUCUCCUAAUGCAGUUGUCUAUAGUAGUAUGAUCAGUGGCUUCAGAAAUCUAAAUAACAUGGAAGAAGCACUUUCCUUGCAUAAGAAAAUGAUCAAUGAGGGAAUCCCAUGUAAUUUGGCAACAUACACCACAUUAAUUGAUGGUUUGCUAAAACAGGGGAAAAUACUUUUUGCAUCAGAAUUAUACACCGAUAUGCUUUCCAGUGGCAUUGUGCCUGAUGAGGUCACAUAUACUGUCCUGGUACAUGGUCUUUGUAAUAAAGGGCAUCUUGAGAAUGCACACAAGGUAUUGGAAGAGAUGGAUAAGAAGAGUAUGGCUCCUAAUGUUCUUAUUUAUAAUACGUUGAUUGCUGGGUACUUCAAGGAGGGGAAUUUGCAAGAAGCUUUUAGAUUGCAUGAUGAGAUGCUUGACAGAGGUGUUGUACCUGAUGAUACAACUUAUGAUAUUCUUGUAAGUGGAAAAUUUAGAGGGAAUAAAUUCCAUGUUGGUGCCUCAAGUGUCUAAUAACCAGUAAAAUGGUUAUCAUCUACAACCUACUACCAGAGUUUAUUUAGUCUCUCAAAGGAGAAAAUUAUCUGCGGUUGUGAUAUUUGUCAUUUUCAUGUCUGCAGCUCUGUCUGAGGAGGUUGAGUGCUUUUGUCCCUCCUUGGCUAAUCAAGACCAAAAAACCAAAGAUUGGCACAUAUACUUCCAACCUUAACUGGAUCGUUUCAGUCCUUUAAAGCGAUGCUCUGUUUGGAAUCUUAUAUUGGUUAAUUAAUGUCAGGCCCAAGGGUUUCCAGGACUUGCUCUGUUUUGCAAAAUUCAAGGAAAUGGAUUACAUCUGAUGUUUUUGGUUUAGGGUUCUCCUCACCUUGAACUGCCCUUCUGAAUUAUCAUGCUGCCAUUUAUCGGACACUCUCCUCCAGGUAAAACAAGGGCAAAUAACCAGAUUAUUUAUAUAUCUAUUCUAUUAUAUACAGCACACAAUUCAAGAGCUUUGUCACAGUUUCUUGUUUUCCAAAAUACUAUGGGACUGUUAAAACUGCACAUCGAGUAACUACUAAAUAGUUUUCAAAUUCAAUCUCCAUUUGUUAAACAUUCUAAAAAUUCUGAUGUACAAUUGCAAACGCUUGUAGAUGUAUGUAUUUUAUGCCUAUGUGGGUGUUAGUUAUCUAUUUUCCUAAAAAGGUUGCCUCCCAGAAGAUGGGAUAUGGGAAAUUGUUGGCACUAAAAUUUAUCAUCUCUGUCGAAUAGCUACAAUAAAUACAGAGAGUUGAUCCAAGGGAUGAUAGAGGUGAAAACCAUAAGUUUCCGGUGGGAGAUGGACCCUAAAAUGUAGAGCUAAGUGACGAAAUUAAAGGAACAGAUGUAGCAGAUUCAGUUUCUUCUGUCGAUUCCUUUGAUAACACAAUGAGAUGGGGCCUAACGUGGCUCAAGUGUCAAGUCAUGAAAUAAGGCACGCAGAUGAUGCAGGAUACGUGAUUUUUUUGCAGAGAAAAAGAGUGCUGCAGCAGAGGAGUAGUUACCAACAGUUGUGAAGAUCGUGGGUAGUUAUGCAAGAAGUGGGGGAAAUUUGCUCCAUGAUGGGACACGUGGUAGCAGAGAAGCAACAAAGCCACGGCUGGAAUUUCAAAGGAAAGAAGGGCAAUCAAACACGCAACUCUUAUGGAAUUAUGAGUAAUUUAACUUAGUUAGCAAUAGCUUCUGUAUUUAGGAAUAGUCUGUGUAGAAUUUAGCCUCUGUGGCCAAGUUUCCCUCUGUCGAUUGCCAUGUACAUUGAGCUUGUAAUUUAAUUCUUGUAAUUAAGUGGCAAGCUUACUUGUUCUUCUAUCGAUCUUCAUUUUAUUCACA